AUGCUGAAAUGCGACGUGAGGAGAAUCGACAUCUGGAAGUCGGAAGGCCGCCUCCAGCCUUCUUACAUUCUAGACCACCUGGGAGAGGGCUACUUUGGCUAUGACAGACUUGGGUCCCGCAGAUUUCCAUCUACAGAAAGUGAGCUGACUGAAGACGAGUUUACAUCGCUUCUCCUCGCCGUGGGUCGGCUACCACCAUCAUGUGCUGGCCUAGGUCGAUUUGCGUACCAGAUCAUUGCCUACCUGAGUCUCACGCCAUUCUUCCCCCCCGCAGACGAGAAGCCGAGGGCAACGCUUACCAUCGCUGAGAUCUAUCGAGGACUGGAGUGGCUCAUCCCGAACAACGUCAGGGGAGGUAGUAAUAGAGGUCGCGCUCGCACCCCAGCCGACGAACGAAGACUUCUGUUCCAGAGCUUGGCCACCGUGACCCACGACGGCACUCAUGAUCCAGAUGGAGAUCGACAGAGGGCCGCCCGCAACGCCUUUUUCAUGCCCGAGCCUCACUACCAGGAUAUGGAUUGGCUGGAUACCAACUAUUGCGACGACGGGGACGAGAUGUUCCAUGAUGUCUUGGACGUGCUCUUCCUGUUCCAGUAUGACGAGGACAAGUUUUACCCCCUGGGGAACGUACAACGUGAAGAUUUUCGCGCAACCGCCAAAGAAUUGACUGAAGAUCAAGACCGCUUCAGGCUCCACACACUCGCGAUACCUCUUGAUCAAUUCACUGCCCUGAUCGGCCUCCUGUUAGCUGCGCAGUUCGGGUGGGAAGAGGGCGAGGAACCGGAAUUGAGCCAUUUCAAUGAGGCUGCAGCCGACGUUGCGAGAUCUUUCUGUGACGAGUCUUCGAAUCUCAUCACCUGGGGCAAAUUUGACGAUAUGAUCCCCCAAAUGCCCUUCCUCUUCGACCCGCUGCACAGAAUACUCGCAGUCGUGUUCAUGGAAACAUCGCCAUUUGAGGUAUCCUACUCCUACAAGGCUCCUACACCCCAAAGAGAUUCUUUCAUGACUCUGCCCCGUCUCACCCAAUUAGCAUCGAUGGUGAAUAUGGAUCUGGAUUUCGAAGACUUUUAUCGAGCCCACCGCUGGUACAAGUGUGUCCGCCCAGACGCGAAAGUUCUUGUAAACGUGUUGCGGUCUAUGCCCGGGCUGAGCGUCUUGCUCGUCAAAGGAUCAACUCCCUCAGGUGAAGAAUUCAUCUUUGGCAUCUUCAAUCCGCUGCCCGCCGAACUUGAGACCCUCAAACAACAGGAAGAUGCUGAUCUCGGCCCGCCGGUGGAGCUGGAUGACGAGCUUGGCCGCCAACUCACCCUUACAAAGCAGGAUGCAGUGCACGACCGCCUGGAAUAUCGGGGCACCAUCACGUAUCCUGCGCGGCCGCAUUGGUUUAUUCUCAGCCCGGCACAGCGGAUGGUGCGCUUCGAGGGUGGGCUCCGCGUGGAUGGAGACCGUCUUUGUUGCGGUGAUGCCUUGCAGAUGCGUGAUGAUGGGCUUGUUUCGAUCCAGGACCGGGAUCGCAUUAUUCGUCUGAAAGCAAUCGACUUUGAAAUUUGGGGCGAGACUCCGUAA